UGCAUCAAUCUGCUCCACGUGUAUACUUUAUGCCAAAUGAGAACAUCGUAUCCAAGCAAAGAAAACCAGACAUAGCAGCAGCAUAGGAAGAGAAGAUUUGACAAAUCUAAUCAUCGACAGACACUGUUCCAAUGUUCAUUCCUUAAAUUCAUCACACACACUCUGACAAAACACAACACUCACAAACAUGGUGGAUGAAACCAGAAGCAAUUGAAUCAAGAUUCUUUGUCUCUUCAUAUUCCAAUCACAGGGUAUAGAAAGAUUUAGUGACAAGGUAAAAAUUAUGAGUCAGUUGAACAAAGAUAUAAGUGAUUGUAUGAAUGAUGGUAGUGGCAGUAGUAAUAAUGAAUCAAGUGCAAGUGGAAAGGAUGGAGAAGGGACAAGUUAUCUUGUUCAUGAAGUUGCACAGAUGACAAAACUUAGGUCAAGUCCACAUGAGAAUUUGAGUCGCGUUUUUCCUGGUAGGAUGAAAUUACCUGCAUCAACUUUAAGAAUGUUAGUAGGGAGAGAAUGUAAUUAUUCUGGAAGAGGGAAAUUUUCAGCAGCAGAUGGAUGUCACGUGUUAAGCCGAUAUUUGCCUACUAAAGGUCCUUGGAUUGUGGACCGGAUGGGAAGUCGCGCUUAUGUUUCGCAGUUUUCCGAUGAUGGUUCUCUUUUUGUAGCUGGAUUUCAGGGAAGCCACAUCAGGAUCUAUGAUGUUGAAAAGGAUUGGAAAAUUAAGAAAGACAUCUCUGCUAGAAACUUACGGUGGACAAUUACUGAUACAUCUCUCUCACCCGAUCGACAAUAUCUUGUUUAUGCUAGUAUGUCACCAAUUAUCCAUAUUGUCAAUGCAGGAUCGGCUACAACAGAGUCCGUAGCAAAUGUGACAGAAGUUCAUUAUGGAUUGAAUUUCUCUUCUGACAAUGAUGGUGAUGAAUUUGGGAUUUUCUCUAUCAAAUUUUCAACGGAUGGGCGAGAGCUUGUGUCUGGAACUAGUGAUAGUUCGAUAUGUGUGUAUGAUCUCGGAGCGGAUAAGCUUAGCCUUAGAAUCCCUGCUCACCUGUCUGAUGUUAACACUGUCUGCUUUGCCGAUGAAUCUGGUCAUCUCAUAUACUCCGGAAGUGAUGAUAGUUUCUGCAAGGUGUGGGAUAGGCGUUGCUUUGUCUCGAAAGGACAACCAGCUGGUAUCCUGAUGGGACAUUUAGAAGGCAUUACGUUCAUUAAUAGUCGUGGUGAUGGCCGCUAUUUAAUUUCUAAUGGAAAAGAUCAAACUACCAAAUUAUGGGACAUAAGGAAGAUGUCUUCUAAUGCCGUGAAUAUGGGACUUGGAGAUGACGAGUGGGACUAUCGGUGGAUGGACUAUCCUAAAUAUGCAAGAAAUUUAAGGCAUUCCCAUGACCAGUCAUUGGCAACAUAUCAAGGCCACUCAGUGUUGCGAACUCUAGUUCGAUGUUAUUUCUCACCAUCAUAUAGCACUGGUCAAAAAUACAUUUACACCGGAUCUAGCGAUGCUUCUGUCUACAUAUAUGAUCUGGUGAGUGGAGAACAAGUUGCAAAACUUGAUCAUCAUGAAGCACCAGUAAGAGAUUGCAGUUGGCAUCCUAUGUAUCCAAUGUUGAUAUCAUCAUCAUGGGAUGGUGACAUUGUUAAGUGGGAAUUUCCUGGAAAUGGCCAACCACCUGCUCCUCCUCCAACUAGAAGAUUAGGUGGAAGUCGUAUUAGAGGUUUGUAUUAUAUGUAGUUACUUCAUGUUCUUUGUACAUACAUAUCUACUAUCUCGGAUUUGGAUUGGCUGUCGUAGAGAAAUAAUGUGGUUUCACGCUGUUUCGAAUCCCGACCGUCAAUUUAUGACCGGAUGUCUCAGAUUAAAUACAGAAAAAACAAUACUAAAAAAAUCUCAUCCGUCAGAUCGUAAUCAGACGGUUCAGAAUUCAUAUACAUUAUUGCGUCACGCAGUAACUCCACCAAAUCUGAUUCCCAACUAUCUCUCUGGAUACAUAUAUAUAUAUAUAUAUAUUUAGGUAGCUAGAUUUACAUAAUUAUUAUGCAUUUUUCUUUUUUACAAAUAUUUGUUACAUUUAAUUAUAUCUUGUUUUUGUAUGCUUUGUAGGCAUAUCUUGGAUGAGGAACAUGUAUCGUUAGAUUAAGUUUUGUAUAUUAAUUAUUGUUAUUAGAUUCUCAAAUUAAAUUAAA